GUGAAGGAACCUGGCUUUGUGAAAUCGCACUGUGGACACAAUGGUGGCAUCGCGGGCAGCUUUCUGCUCAAGGUGCAGCGCUUUACACCUAUGUGGACGUCGCAAAGUUUAUGCGGCUGGUGAUCGAGACCGGUGGCUACAGUUACAUGUACCUGCGCACAGUUGGCAUUCUCAUGGCCGCGGUCAUGGAGAAUAUGAUGAAUGAUGAUGAGGAGAACGACCUCUCCAUCAACGAGGAGCGGCAGGAACAGAUUUGUGAGCGGGCGUUUCACUUCCAACAGUUGGCACGUGUCUCGCUUGCUGCAGUCAUGCGCGGAGCACAUGACAACGAUGAAGAAUCGUAG